AUGUCUCGUAAACGUCCCACCUAUCCACUUUCUAGUCUGGUUGCUAACUAUCUCGUUCAUCAUGGCUACAUCGACUCGGCACGAGUCUUUUCCCGCUGGACGAGUUUUUCUGGAUCGGCUUCCUCGCCCUCCUCCUCGGCGAAGAAGACGCGGAAUGACGAUGCGGAGGGUGCUACAGAUAGGGCACACGGCAAUGCAGAGACGGACGAAGAGGCCUCUCUUCCCGGAUUUGCUAGUAUGCAACACCGUCGCAGUCUGAGAGCUUUCUGCCGCCGAUGUCAAUAUGGACGCGUUGCUAACACCCUCACCGCCUGGUAUCCAUCUAUCGUGGAACGCUACCCUGAGCUCAUUUUGCAAUUGCGCUGCCGCCAGCUCGUUGAAAUGAUGUACCGUCAUUCAGAACAACGCUCUGGUCAGCCUCUGUCUUCCAGCGACUCCAAAUUGCAGCAGACCACGGGAGGCAGUCGUAAGCGCCCCUGCACUACGAAUACCUCGGGUUGUUGUCGCAUCAGUGAGUCAGUGCCUACUCUAUCCACCUGCGAUGACGAUCAGUCUGUGAGCAAUGAGUCAGUGCCUACUCUAGCCACCUGCGAUGACGAUCAGUCUGUGAGCAAGUACUUUCACACCGACAGUCCGCCUGAUGUGCAUGAUCAGGCGCGCUUUUCUACACCUGGCUCUUCGGCGGCUACCUCCUGCGAUGCAAUGGACAUCGAUAGCAGUCUAGCGUUGGAGGCAAGCGGUAACCACCCUCUUAACUCCCAGCUCUGUUCCGAGGAGCAGCAUUCCUUUGGUGCGGCCACUGACGUUCCCUCCUUCUCUGCUCUCUCCACUACCGCUACCAAUGAUGCAGGACACCAAUUGGCCUCUGAAGAAUGUGACGAAGAAGAAGAUGACGAUGACGAUGGCUUUGGUAUUGCUGGCAGUCUCAGCCAUCACCAGGAGCCUCCGUCUCCGUCUCCCAUGGAGACGGAAAGUGCCAGCAGUGAUCUUGCAUCGAUGCCUGCCUUUGCCAACGCCCCUCCAAAAGGCCUGAUCUCUCAAAGUUCCUCCUCUCUAGAGCCAAAAGGUCUGAAUUCGCAAAGCUCCUCUCUAGACGGCAAUGUUGAAGAAAAGAGUCGUCUUCUGCGACAAAUCCAAUUCAGUCGCUCGCUGGUGGAUUUGGCGAAACAGGUGAAAGAUAAGUGCGGCUCCCUGUCUCCUGAAACGGAGCAUCUUCUGGAACAAUCGGUGAGUUUGAUGGCCUACCCUUCGCCCUCGUCCCCUGAGUGUCCUUUGAGGUGCCUUCUUGAUCCAUCUUGGCGAGAUAAUAUCGCCAGCCUUAUCAACAGUGCAAUUCUCACUGAGGCGCAUCAUCUUCCACCCCAGCCUGCAAUUGAACAAGCGUUGUAUGCCCUACAGAAAUGCUUUGCCAAUCAUGAGUUUCAAGAGGCUCAAAUCUUGGGUCACUUCCUUCUCUACCACCUUUCCCCAUCCAAAUACACCACGGAGAUUCGUCUGCAGCACACAGCUUCCUCGCCUCCGCCUUCCUCCCACACUCCAGUAGCAUUCCACUCCAGCGAGUCUUCUAAUGGACACCAGGAGAUGGCCUCACAGACGAAUAAUAACAACUCCGUAGCAAGCAAUGAUCGCAUUCCCAAUGGACGUGUAAGCCCACCGAAACGACACCUUUAUACUCCACCAGCUUCCAACGGUUCUCGAAGGCAUUGGCGUCGGGGACAUGCUCCUUCUGGCAACCCUGGCUCACGUCCAAUUAUGCGCUAUGCACCUGUGGAGACCUUGCCUUCAACAGACGAGGAUGAGGUAGAGGACAUCUCCAUGGAGGAGGGCGUUCAACUGCAUCAUCAUGAGGAGCUUGAAGAUGAUCAGGAAGAAAUUGAGUCGUUGGACGAGGAGGCCGAAGUAGAACUGAUGACUGCAACGAUGGAAGACGAUGGAUUUGAGGAAGAUGUGGAACAGAACGCUGAGGAUGAUGAUGAGGACGAGGAGGAGGAAGUUGAUGACGAUGACGACGACGAUGAUGACGAUGACGAGGAUGAGGAUGAUGAUGAAGAAGAGGAGGAGGAAGAAGAAGAAGAAGAAGAGGAGGCAGUAGUAGAUGAGACUGAGGAAGAACUCUCUCAUCAAAGGGAGACCUUCAAUUCGUUUUUUAGGGAGGGUCGAAUUCUUAGACGUACUAGCGCUCGACCAGGUGAUAGCAGUGGCGGGCGAUCACGUGCAUCCACUAGUGUAACAAAUUCUGGUCGCCGUGUUGAGUCAUUCAGCUCAUACACCGCUUCUGAUGUCCCUCGUCUGUCUGGUAUUCGGCCGCGUCGUCACUCUCGCCUCGUUGGGGGUAGCGGUAGUGUUGGUCGCAGCGCCCCAUCCUCAAGGUCAUCUCGUCGAGGCGACAACGCCUUCACCCACCACGCUUCCAACGCUGGCAACGCCAACAACAACACUAGUAAUGAUCAGUAG